AUGACCCCAUUACCACCUGUGAUAACGUUGGAAGAGCAUUACGCUGCUCCCAAUCUCCUAGCACUCCGACCUUUGGACGAAUUCAGCUAUGUCCUACCCAAACUUAUCGAUCUGGAUGAAGAACGAAUCACAGAUAUGGAUGCUGGCGCUGUGACGCUCCAGGUCCUCUCUCACGUAGCUACCGCCGUCCCUUCACCGGAUCUGGCUCGCUCGACCAACGACGAGCUCUACGCAGCUAUCCAGAAACACCCCAAACGUUUCGCUGCUUUUGCUAUUCUCCCUAUGGCCGAUCCUUCCGAUGCAGCAGCUGAACUAAGCCGCGCCACAAAAGAUCUACACUUCGUGGGCGCACUCAUCGAUAACCAUCUCGAUGGUCGCUUCUACGAUGAUGUGUUUUUUUGGCCUGUAUUUGAGCGUGCACAGGAGCUAGACGUCCCGAUUUAUAUCCAUCCGACGUUUCCAGCCGAAAACACGAAACAACAGUACCAGGGAAACUAUCCAGAAAGCACCGCAUACAUGCUUGGUAUCGCUGGAUGGGGGUGGCACGCUGAUACUGGUUUGCAUAUUCUGCGGCUAUUUGCUUCUGGUCUAUUCGACAAGUUCCCAAGGCUGAAAAUAAUCAUCGGGCAUAUGGGAGAAUUGCUUCCAUUCCAACUGGAUCGUAUCGUUCCCAUAUCCGAGCGAUGGGGUAAUCAAAGAGGCUUGAGACAGGUCUGGCGAGAAAACAUAUGGGUAACAACAAGCGGAAUGUUUUCCCUCGCACCAUUAGCAUGCUUGCUAAAGAUGUCUCCGGUCAAACAUGUCCUUUUCAGUAUUGACUACCCCUUCUCCAAAAACGAAACCGGGAAACAAUUUUUGGAAGAAAUAAGGAAAAGUGGGUUGGUUAGUGAAGAUGAUUUUGAGGGCAUCGCAUAUAAGAAUGCGGAGCAGCUGUUAAAGGUAAAAGCUGCGCAGUAA